UCAGAGACGCCUAAUAUUGACGGAAGAUGAUACGAAGAAUGAUAUGACAAUAAUCAAAGGGAAAGACGCCACUCUCGCUGGCCGGAAAAGUAUAAGAGUGCCUUUUGUUGGCCAUGACAGUACUGGAUAAACCUCGAGAAUACAAGCCGCGGUCAAAUCAGUCUCGACACCCCCCUUCUUCCCCCUCACGCCUACAUUCCAAGUCGUUUUGAGUCACCAGUCAUCAUCUUACCCAACAUCAUGUCUUCCCAAUCUAAGACGCAUCCCGAUACGAUCGACAUGCGAGAUUUCGACAAUACCUCCGCCUCCGACAUCUCGAAACUCAUUGGUAUGCUUCGACAACGCACCGUGUAUGUGAACGGCAACUGGUAUGAAUGGAAGGUCAACACGAACCAGAACUGGUUGAAGGACGGCGAAACGGCGAUGUGGCUGGCACUCGAAAGACCUCUUGCCAGAAAAAAGGCUCGCCAACAACCCCCGCCAACUCGCAGGUACAUCGCCCCCGAAUGGUUUGGCAAGGAAAUAGACAAGGCCUGGGGAGUGACUGUCGGAGAUAUGUUGGCGAUCAGAGCUGAGGUCGAAAGGAAAGACAAGCAGCAUCUCCCAGCGUGGGUGUACGCGAGGGAAUUGCAAUGGUGGAAUGCGAUGUUCAACGAUAACAUCGCGGAAGCUCCAGUUUACAUCAGGCACGUGCUCGAUCUUCAGCGAAAGAUCGGCUUAAAAUCCCGAGACUACCCAGGAUUCAAGCUUACCAAUGAGAGCAUUCCGGACCUGACCAUAUCAUUUAUGGAAAAGAUCAGCUCGUUCGAUGGAAGCCAAGUCGCGUCGAACAGUUUUCAGGGAGAUGGAGACGCAGAAAGCGUCCAAUCGAUAGGCAGCACGUUCGGAGCCCCUGGAAUGGAUUUUGCAUCAGGGGGGUCUGUGUUUCGCGCCGAACAGAGACUGCAGGACGAUGAGGAUGCGAUGUUUCAGAUCGCGACCCGCAUCGACAAACUUGAACCUGAGGCUGGUUCGACCUUGAAUGAACAAGUGUUGGGAAUCGCCAACGACCUGAGCUUGCUCAGUCUGAGCCAAGCGACAGGCUAAUGCUCAUCAGCAUCACAGUCGCAUACGAGAAAGGACCGCAAAGCCGCUGGGAAAGGAAUGACUGGAUUUGAGUACGAUUGAAGCUGCGUUUUUGCUUGCUUUACUUGAUUGUUGUAAGAUUAAUAUUCAGG